GCGGCCCGGGGGGCGCGGGGCGGGGCGGGGCGGCGCUGUCAGCGCGAGGCAGCGAGCGGAAUGCAGCGGCCGGAGGCCUGGCCACGUCCGCACCCGGGGGAGGGGGCCGCGGCCGCCCCGACUGGGGGCCCGGCGCCGCCCGCCCGAGCUGGGGAGCCCGCGGGGCUGCGGUUGCAGGAACCUUCCCUCUACACCAUCAAGGCCGUUUUCAUCCUAGAUAAUGACGGACACCGCCUGCUGGCCAAGUAUUAUGAUGACACAUUCCCCUCCAUGAAAGAGCAGAUGGCCUUCGAGAAAAACGUCUUCAAUAAGACCAGCCGAACUGACAGUGAGAUUGCAUUUUUCGGGGGCAUGACCAUCGUCUACAAGAGCAGCAUUGACCUCUUCCUGUAUGUGGUGGGCUCAUCCUACGAGAAUGAGCUGAUGCUCAUGUCUGUUCUCACAUGCCUGUUUGAGUCCCUGAACCACGUGCUAAGGAAGAACGUGGAGAAGCGCUGGUUGCUGGAGAACAUGGACGGAGCCUUCCUGGUGGUGGAUGAGAUUGUGGAUGGCGGCGUGAUUCUGGAGAGUGACCCCCAGCAAGUGAUCCAGAAAGUGAAUUUUAGGGCGGAUGACAGCGGCUUGACUGAACACAGUGUGGCCCAGGUCUCUCUGCCCAGACUAAUCCUGCUUUUAUGGAGCUUCCUGCCCUGGCACUAACCACCUUGUACUGUAGUGGCCAGCGUUGCGAUGGGCCCAUGGCAUCCCAUGUGGGGCUCCAGGUGUGGUGGUGCCCUUUGCUGUACCUGCGGCCUCUCCCUUCCCAGUUCUCCUUGCCUCCUCCUACCCUGCUGAGAUGAAUGCAGCUACAUGGCAACUUUCAGGGCUAAAGAGGUUAAGGGGCAAUGAGCAGAGCAGAUAAGAACAGCGGCGCGGGUGUGAGUCAUCCAAAGGAUGUAAUGUUCUGCCUUACCACCUACAAGCUGGGUGGCCUAGGGCAAGUUAUUCUACCUCUCUGGGCCUCGAAUAAUCACAGGACACUCCUCAUAGAGUUGUGAUGAAAAUUAGAUGAGCUAAAGCAUGGAACGCUCUUGGCAUGCAUCCUGUUUUCCAUAGGGGGAAAGAAGGCAGACAUGGCACUUUUAAUGGAAUUCUUGAGGAAACACCAAGGGAUGUGCAGGUAGUGAAUGGGAGAUGAAAGGAAGAGAAAGGUAGAUCUCUACUGAGAACUGCAGGAGAACUCCAGGUCCAGGCUGUCCCUGAGAGAGGAGGGGGAGUAGGCAAGAGGAAGGGACAUACAGUGUGGGAUCAGCCUUCUUCGGGUGGGCGUGAGGCUUGAUGGCUGGAGGGACAAACUGAGGGACAUAGGUGGGGUCCGCACUGUGUUCGCGUGGUGUGUGCACAGUUGCAUGGAUCUGUGUAAACGUGGGGCUGAGGUGGUCUUGCAGCAGGAUUUGAAAGGGAACACAUCUGAGUGCAGGUGGCCUUCAGCAGAGCCUGCCCAGGAGCUCUUUGCCAGCUGUGCCACAUCACAGCAGCUUGGCGUGGGGUGUUGAGGUCUUACUGGCAGCCAAAGCUAGAGCUAGGGGCUUGCUGAGGUGUCUGGGCCCAGUGUCAGGCCUGGGCCCGCCUCCGCCUGGACGUGGCACUGCGGGUGGAAGCUUGCAUGGCAUGGUGUGGGGAGACCAGGCUGCUGCCACACCCAGGGCUGCAGAUGCUGGAACCAGAGGGCUGGCUGGGCCAGCUCCCAUCUGGGCUGGCUGCUGGCUGCAGUCAGUUUGGGCGGCUCUUUCCAUCUUGAUGGCCCAGCCCCCCUUUAAAGCAGGCAGAGAUGAGCUGCUGCCACCUAGUGACCGGGGAUCGCCAGGACAUGUGUCCCCCCCACCCGCCACUGCACUGUUAAUGUACUUGAAUUCCACCCGGUAAUUCUCUCAACCCUCCACACCCCGCCCU